AUGACAGCGUCUCCGAGAGCGCCGCAUCAGGAGCAUGUCCUCGGUGAGCCGACCUUGGAAGGGCUUGCUCACUACAUCAGGGAGAAGGAUGUGCGGCGCAUUCUCGUGCUCGUCGGAGCGGGCGCCAGCGUAGCUGCCGGCAUCCCAGACUUCCGCUCACCUGGCACCGGGAUCUACGCCAACCUAGGCAAGUACAACCUCGACGACCCGACCGACGCCUUUUCACUGGCCCUUCUGCGGGAGAGGCCCGAGAUAUUCUACUCGAUCGCACGGGAGCUGAACUUGUGGCCUGGGCACUUUCAGCCCACCCCGGUACAUCACUUCAUCCGACUGUUGCAAGAUGAGGGUCGUCUACUGCGCUGCUGCACGCAGAACAUUGACGGCCUGGAGAAGGCCGCGGGCGUGUCGCCAGAGCUCCUCGUCGAGGCACAUGGGUCUUUUGCUGCCGCCGCCUGCAUUGAAUGCCACACGCCAUUCAGCAUUGAGCAGAACUACCUGGAGGCGAUGAGCGGUACGGUCUCCCGCUGCUCUACAUGCGGCGGAAUUGUAAAACCAAACGUUGUUUUCUUCGGUGAAAAUUUGCCGGACGCUUUCUUCGACGCGCUACACCACGAUGCCCCGAUCGCGGAGCUGACUAUCAUCAUCGGGACAUCGAUGCAGGUGCACCCGUUCGCGCUGCUGCCGUGCGUCGUGCCCAAGUCAGUCCCGCGCGUUGUCAUGAACCGCGAGCGAGUUGGUGGCCUCCUCUUCCGCUUUCCUGAUGACCCGCUGAACACUGUCUACGACGAUGCGGUUGCCAAGGAGGGUCAAUCGUCUUCUUCGCAGAGUCGUUCCCCAUCCGCGUCGGCGCGGUGCGAGAAGGGAGGGGUAGAGGACAGAUCUUCAUCGCCGAAGGAGGAGGUCGACGAGGCGUCGACGUCCAGCUCGAGCGACGGCUACGGGCAGUACGGUGACUACCACGCCCACCCCGAUGUCUGCCGGGAUGUUCUCUUCCGAGGUGACUGCCAGGAGAACGUGGUGAAGCUGGCCGAGUACCUGGGCCUCAGCGAGGCACUGGCAAAGCGUAUGCGCUUCUCCGAGGCAGCUCCAGCUACUGCUCAAACGGUGUCAACUGAGAUGUGA